AUGUCCAUCCUACAACAAAUUAAAAACAUUGAAGAUGAAAUGGAAAGAACCCAAAAGAACAAGGCAACAGCCUACCACUUGGGUACACUCAAAGCUAAACUUGCCAAGCUGAGAAGAGAACUCUUAACCGAGUCGACUAAAAAGAAGGGAGGUGGUGCUGGUGAGGGAUUUGAUGUAAACAAAUCGGGUGAUGCUCGUAUUGGAUUGAUCGGUUUCCCUUCAGUAGGAAAAUCAACACUUUUAAACAAACUCACAAAUACCUUCUCAGAGGUUGCAUCCUAUGAAUUUACUACAUUGACCUGUAUUCCGGGUGUGAUUCAAUACAAGGGUGCUAAAAUUCAAUUAUUGGACUUGCCAGGUAUUAUCGAAGGCGCUAAAGAUGGUAAAGGAAGAGGUAGACAAGUCAUUUCCACAGCACGUACCUGCAAUUUGAUUUUGAUUGUUUUGGAUGCUUUGAAACCACUCACUCAUAAAAAGAAGAUUGAAUAUGAAUUGGAGGGUUUCGGUAUUCGAUUGAACAAACAACCACCAAAUAUUACAUUUAAAAAGAAGGAAAAAGGUGGUCUCAAUAUGAUGUCCUCAGUUCCUCUCACUCAUUUAAACCAAGAUAUCGUUAAAGCUAUCCUCACAGAAUACAAGUGUCCUAACGCAGACAUUAUGUUUAGAUGUGACGCAACUGCUGACGAAUUGAUUGAUAUUAUUGAAGGAAAUCGUGUUUAUAUUCCUGCAAUUUAUGCUAUGAACAAGAUUGAUCAAAUUACCAUUGAAGAAUUGGACUUGAUUGACAGAAUUCCUCAUGCAUGUCCUAUUUCUGCUCACCACGAAUGGAAUUUAGAUGGACUGUUGGAAAAGAUGUGGGAAUCAUUGAAUUUGAUUAGAGUAUACACAAAACCUAAGGGUCAACUUGCAGACUUUAGUGCCCCAGUCAUUAUUAGACGAGACAAGAGUACAGUUGAAGAUUUUUGUAACAGAAUUCACAAACACAUUAUCAAACAAUUUAAAUAUGCUUGGGUGUGGGGUCAAUCUGUUAAACAUCAACCUCAGAGAGUUGGUAAAGAACAUCAAUUACUCGAUGAAGAUAUUGUACAAAUUAUCAAGAGACUCUAA